AUGGUCUUGGACUCUGUCAGAGCUGAUGCUGUGAUCGGCGGCUCGCUGCUUCUGGCCAUGCGCCGCGCCCUCCGCUGGCAGGCAGCAAUGGACCUUCUGAAUGCUGAAGGAAAUGGUGCCUUGGAGGUGGUCGAAGCGGCAGAGGCAUGUUUCGGAGCCCAACAGCCGCUCGCUUUCCAGAACUUCUCGAAACUAAUGUGGAGGCUGGCUUCGUGGCGCCCGCGCACCAUGCUGAGUGGCCGCAGCGCAGGGCUGGGGGAGGCCGCCGUCCUUCAUGAUCUGCUUCGCUCCUGUCAAGGCGGCCUUGCCAAGGCCUUUGCUUGGCACGCUGCCAAAGCCCUGCCAGCACAGCUGGGAGUUUUGCCACCACUGGCCGCAAAGGAUGCUGCAGAGCGGGAGCGUCACGGUGCAGUGGUGGAGUCGGCUGACAGCUUCUUCCACAGCGUGGAGAUGGUUCCCCGAGCAAGGACAUUGGCUGUCUGGCUGUCCUUUCACUUGUGGAUGGGAUGCGACCAACUUACAGGACCUGCCUCUGUGCAGAUUGGCAACAAGGGCUCGGGGGAGUGGAUCGUUGCCAGCGGGCCUCCCGCUUCAAAGUCCAGAAGUGUGGCUCCCAGUGCCAAGCAGCCUUUGUUCUUGGAUGUGGCCGAGGCGAACAAGCAUGGUGGCUGGUCUGAGGUGGGUGAUGAGCUGGUGGCCAGGGCCUCCAAGCGUUCUCGAACCGGAGGUGCUGGCGGUGCUGGCGGUGCUGCAGGUCGAUCACGGCAUAGCCGCGGCAUCUCUGCUGGCACCGGCUCGGUGUGCAAGCUCUUCGUGAAGAGGGUUCCGUGCAACUUUGCUGACCCAUGGCGAAAGCAUAGUCAGCAGUCCUCCACCGGUACCGGCUUCCUCCUUGAUGACAGGUUCGUGGUCACCAACGCGCAUGUAGUGCAUCGUGCUGUCUCGGUGCUUGUCCGUGCAACUGUUGGGCCGCCGGUGAAGUGGAACGCGAGGGUGGUGGCCGUUGGCUUACCAUGUGAUCUGGCGAUACUUGCGGUGGAGGAUGAAUUCUGGAAGGGAAAGGAGUCCUUAAGUCUUUCCCGCGACAUCCCAAAGCUGGACGACAACGUCACGUGCAUUGGGUUCCCAGUGGGUGGAGAGAACAUCUCUGUUACCCGUGGUGUUGUCUCGCGCAUAGACGUGAACAUGGAUGGGCUGCUACGCAUUCAAAUAGAUGCCGCGAUCAACCCAGGUAACUCUGGAGGCCCCGUGCUCGGAAGCCAUGGCAGAGUCGUGGGAGUGGCGGCAAGCCAUUUGAAGAAUGCCUCGAACAUCGGAUACAUCAUUCCGACGCAGGUGUUGGAGCAGUUUAUCUUGUGCGCAGGUGUGCCAACCGAGGGUGGUUGCGAGGCCACAGGAAAGGGAUACCUUGGAGUCUCCUCCCUGGGCGUUGGCCGAGUGCAGACGCUGGAAAGCCACCCUCUGCGGCGGAUGUUGGGUCUCCCGGAGGGCUGUACUGCAGGCGUCCGCGUAGCCAAGGUGUGGCCUUUGGGAUCAUCUUCUGGGAAGCUGGAGGAGGAUGACGUGCUCUUGGAGAUUGACGGGGUGGAGAUUAGCCAGGACGGCACGGUUCCGCUACGAGACAAUGAGCGUAUCCAUUUCCAGCACCUUGUGACUAAGCGAAAUGCAGGACAGGAAUCCGUCCAUCUCAAAGUCUGGCGUCAGAAGAGCGAGCAUGAGGUCGACAUUUCUUUGAGGCCCGACCGCUGGCUGGUUCCACGCAUGGACGGCUACGAUGCUGCGGCAGAGUACACUAUCGUGGGUGGCCUCGUGUUCAUUCCGCUGAGUCAUCCAUGGGCCGAUCUGAAAUGCAAUGACAAACACUUCAACCAAGCGCGUGCCCUGAUUCAUCAGUUCUUUGGCCAAGCUAUGACAGAGGAGGGCCAGCAGGUCAUCAUCCUGUCCAAGGUCUUGGCGCAUCCAUGCAAUUCAGGCUACCAUGGACUUGGCAACAUUGUCCUUCACUCCUUCGCUGGGCAAACCAUGCGAAACGUUGCGGAACUGGCCAGAGCGGUUGCCCGAUGUGACCAGCAGCAGCUUGUGUUCAACUUUCUUCGUCCAAAUGGCGAUGGGAAGGAGCUGGUGGUCCUUGACCGGGCGGACUGCCAAACUGCGGAGGCGGAGAUUCUGGCUCAACAUCUGAUCGGCUCACCGUGCAUGGUUAGAGUCGAUGGGCGUGGAGAGCCUCGGCCGCUGGAUCCUGAGGCCAGCGAAGGCAACACAGCGACCUGA